AGGGGUCGGCGGGGGAGCAGCCCAGGCCGGGCCAGUGGGGGUGGCGGAAACGGACCGGGCCUCGCGCCUAGACCCCUGCUGCGGCUGAGGGAUGAAACCAGCCACGUUGCAGCCGCCCUCGUCCGAGCGCAGCCCCGCAGCUUCUCCCCUCCCGCACCCGGCGGCGCCCCGCGUGGGCCAGAGGAGCCGUGGGCGAUAGCCAGGGCACUGGUCCCACUGCGGCCGGCGGGAGAUUUAAACAGCUGCAGGGAGAGAGGCUGGCCCCGCGUACCCGCCCCUCAGGCUUGGCGCUCCGCCUGUAGAAGAGCUCUGGGGCGCUGGGAAGCGUGUCACCGAGAGGCCGUGGCCUGGCAGGAGGUACUGCCUCCCCCGCCUUGUCACUCUCGUCUGCUGGCCCUGGGGCUACAGUAACCUGCACAGUCUGGGCUGAUGUGAGGUGCGUCCGAGGAGACUACACUUCCCAGCAUGUCCUGCUCUGUUUCCGGCCAGACAACAGGUGGUCUGCGCUUGGAUCCAGAUGUGCUGGGGUGUGUGCCCUGCCUUGGAGAGAACAGAUGUUUUUAACCAUCUUACCAAUUGUUUUGAGGUCUGUCAAUAAAUUGAAUAAAUAACACUCAAUCAGCAGUCUUUGCUUCAAUAAAUGAAUCAGCUUCAAUUAAAUCCAAGUAAAUUUCUAAUUUCUAUAGUGUAUUUCUGAUGUAAUGAGCAAUGCUGAUUGUGUCAUACAUUUAAGUAGUUAAAUGUCAUUUUGAAGCAUAUUCUUGUGCUAGUUUCUAUAGGUCAUGGUUACUUUUGUCCAACCAGGUUGCAAAAACAUUUUUUCCUAGUUUAAGAUGUGUGUGCGUGCACACAAGUAAUCUGGUGAUAUAUAUUAUUUUGGAAAACAAUGGUUUAUGUAAAGGUAUUGUAAUGCAUACAAUGGAGUGAUAACUAUUAGCACUGGAAGUUUGUGGCUUUGGUUACAAAAAUAUAUUCCCUCUGUAUUUUAAAGGACAAUGCCAACUCAAUAGUGCUAACAAUUGCAUAAACAAUAAUUUUCUCCUUGUCCCCUGUCAAUUUUUGUGGUUUUAAAAUCACGUUUUUCCAAAAUAUUACUGUGUGAAAGAUCCACAUACAUUAAAUGCUGGCAAAUUCACAAAUAAAACAAACUGAAGAACUAGACAUAUUUUUCUCAUUAAUCUAAGAAAAAGCUCUCUUUGUUUUAGUGAUCAUAGGUAUUAUUUGUAACAGUUAAAAAAAAAUAUGGAAGUGUUCCUCUACCAUGUUCAUAAAAAUGUGUUGUUAGAUGGAAAAACAGGCAAAAGCCUGUGCAUGGGACUGAGGAUGUGCCUCAUAAUAUUUCUUUCACUAUAUAUAUAAGUCAGUGCCUAGGCAUGACAGAGAAAGUUUGGUUAUCCUUCCUUUAGUAAAUUUUAGUUAGACCUCUUCUCUAACAUUCGGUCUGUUUCUGCAGCCUUGAAAUAAGUGAGAAUAUGCCAUUUAUUUUAUAUGUUUAUGUAACGUUUUGUGGUGGAUAUUUGUUUACAGUUAAUAUAAAUUGCCUGGGAGUGGAAUUAUAAUCUACAGGAAAACUCCAGCAGUUAUUUAACAAUAAUUGUAUCAACUCUUAAGUUUUCUUGUUUGUUUCCUUCAAGCUCAUGCAGAAUUUCAGCUUGAUGACAUUGAACUUAUGUGGAUAAUUAUGAUUUAAACAAUAACUGAAUUUGUGCAGUUAUAAACAUGUAGAAGAGUUUGUCCUCAAAUGUUUGGAAGUAAGAUCUGUGUAACCUUCUUAACAGGGACUGAAAAUUAUAUACUUAAAAUGACCCUUCAGGAGAUGGUGCAUCAGGCAGCCAGCCUGUAUUCUGAUAGAAAAGCAGUAUGUUUUGAUGAAUGUAAUGAUAAACCUUCAGUUUUCUACACUUACAAGGAGGUUGUUAGUCUUGCCACAGAAUUAACAGUUUUCCUGCAAAACUACUGUGACCAAAGAGGAAGAUUUGAAAUAGGCCUUUACUGCUAUCCUGGAAUAAAUUUACCAUCUUGGAUUUUAGGAAUCCUCCAAGUUCCAGCUGCAUAUUCUCCUCUUGAUCCAGAUGCACCACCAGUGUUAUCUAACUAUUUUAUGAAGAAAUGUAACCUCCAGUAUAUCCUUGUUGAGAAUGACAAAAUAAAGAAAUUCAAACUAUCCCAUGCUGGCUGGUUUUACCAGAGUUCUUUUGCAGUAGAUGAUGUUGGUUUAACUCUUUUCCAAAUUAAUUGGAAUGAUGUUGAUGUAAAUCUACUGUUAGAUGGCACAGAAGACAAAAAUGGAAUCUCCAGAGCUGCAAGUGAUUGGAAGACAGAUUACAUAGCUGACCUGGACCAACUUAAAUCAGAGACAUCACAAAGGGGAUACAUGGAUGUCAGGCAGCAAUAUUCUUUGGCAUACAUCUUGCAUACAUCAGGAACUACAGGGAUCCCCAAAAUAGUCAGAGUACCUCAUAAAUGUAUCGUGCCAAAUAUUCUUCAUCUUCAAUCCCUAUUUAAGAUCACACCACAUGAUAUGCUGUUCCUGGCCUCACCUCUGACGUUUGAUCCAUCUGUAGUUGAGUUGUUUGUUGCUCUGACAAGUGGAGCCUCUCUGCUUAUAGUACCAAACCCCAUAAAAAUGAUGCCUCUGAAGUUGUCUGCCACUCUUUUUCACCGUCACAGGGUGACAGUAUUGCAGGCAACACCCACAUUUCUCAGACGAUUUGGAGCUCAACUUAUUAAGUCAACUGUGUUGUCUACCAGUACUUCACUCCGUGUCUUAGCCCUUGGUGGAGAAGCAUUUCCUGCGCUGAAUAUCUUGAGAAGCUGGAAGGGAAGGGAAAACAAAACACAUGUUUUUAAUCUCUAUGGCAUUACAGAAGUAUCAAGCUGGGCCACAUGCUACAGGAUUCCAGACGAAGUUCUUAGCUCUGAUCUUCGAUUUGAUUCCCCUGUACCACUGGGAUCACCACUGCUUGGAACAACAAUUGAAGUCAGAGAUGCCACUGGUUCCGCAGUUCUAGAUGGAGAGGGACAAGUUUUCAUAGGUGGUAAAGAACGAAUCUGCUUCCUUGAUGACGAAGUAACUGUCCCUUUGAACACAAUGAGAGAAACAGGGGACUUCGUGAGAGUGAAGGAUGCAGAGAUGUUUUUCUUAGGACGGAAGGACAAUCAGAUUAAACGUCAUGGCAAACGUCUUAAUAUUGACUAUGUACAGCAGGCUGCUGAAGGUCUUUGUCAUGUGGAAGCCUGUGCAGUGACAUGGUAUCGACAGGAAAAGUUAAUCUUGUUUGUUGUACCUAAAGACAACUUAGCAAGUGACAUUCUUAAGGAACUCCAGAAAUAUCUCCCAACCUACGCAAUCCCUGAUGAACUUGUGCUGAUAGAAACUUUGCCCUUCACAUUGCAUGGUAAAAUUGAUGUUUCUGAGCUGUGCAAGAUUUACAGUAACCAUCUAAAUUCCAGAAGGCAUGACAGUAAACUGAGAGGAGCAGAGGAAUUGUGGGAAAGAUUGCAGUAUUUAUGGAAGUCUCUCCUGAGUCUUCCAGAUGAUUCACCCAGCAUUUCCAAAGAUUCACUGUUUCUGUGCAGUGGUGGAGAUUCCUUGAAGUCACUACGGUUUCAUGAUGAGAUUGAGAGUUUGGCAGGCAAGGCCAUUCCUGGGCUCCUGGAAGUAUUCUCAGCAGCCAUUGCUGAGGUUUACCAACAUGUUCUUAAAGCUGUAUUCCCAAGUGAGGACCAAAUUAUGAAUCAUAAGACUGUGAAAAGAAAACUGAAUGAGAGCAGUGGAGAGAAAUUCCAUGGAGAGCACACAAAACCAAAAUCUAGAAGGUACUUUAAUGCUGCUGCAGGAUUGACUGCAUUUAUUGCACUAAACCGAGGAAAUCGGAUGUUGUCGAUGACUUCCCUUGAGUCUCUUAUGAGCCCAUAUAAUGCAGGACAGGCAGGAACAGAGUUAAGACAACAAGCAUCUUAUUCAUCUGCUGUAACUUCUAAUACAAAAUAUGAAGUGACAGAGAAUAAAUCUGGAAAGAGCAGAAGCAGUCCAGAAAUUGCAAGCAAAGCAAAUGAAACAGGUACUCAUUCUGUAGAACAAGCUCCUUUAACAAUGCCUGAGAAGCUGAUAUUACAUGUAAGAUGGAAGUCAAAUAUGGGCAAAUGUGUAGAUGCCUCCCCAUUAGUUAUAACACUAGCCACAGAUGAUUUAUCUGCAACUGUAUACGUUGGGUCUCAUUCUCACACAAUGCAGGCAAUUGAUUUACACUCAGGAAAAAUCAAGUGGGAGACAAUCCUUGGAGAUCGUAUUGAGUCCUCUGCAUGUGUGUCUAAGUGUGGAAACUCAUAAUUGUUGGUAUGCUGCUAUAAUGGUUUAGUGUAUGUACUCAGAAGCCAUAAUGGGGAAAUACACUGUAUCUUUACCACUGAAGAUGCUGUGAAAAGCUCUGCAGUUGUGCAUCCUUCCACUGGACUAGUCUACAUUGGAUCGCAUGACCAGCAUAUAUACGCUUUGGAUAUUUAUAAGGAGGAGCGUGUCUGGAAGCUGCACUGUGAAGGUGGAGCUGUGUUUUCGUCUCCUUAUCUAAGUAUCUUGCCAGAUCACCUGUAUGCUGCUACACUAGGAGGACUUUUACUGGCUAUAAAUCCAGAUACGGGUAAUAAGAUCUGGAAAAGUUCCUGUGGAAAACCCCUCUUCUCCUCUCCUCACUGCAGUGAGCAGUAUGUGUGCAUUGGAUGUGUGGAUGGGAAUGUGUACUGUUUUAGCCACUCAGGAGAAAAGGUUUGGCAGUUUUCCACCAGUGGACCAGUCUUUUCAUCCCCAUGUGUAUCAAGUUUAACUAAGCAAGAAAUAUAUUUUGGCUCCCAUGACUGCUUUAUCUACUGCUGUAAUAUAGAAGGUAAUUUACUGUGGAAAUUUGAAACCACUUCAAGUGUAUAUGCAACUCCCUUUGUUUUCCAUAGUCAUGACUUGGAGAGUGAAACGCUGCUGGCAGCAACAUCCACAGAUGGUACAGUGUGGAUCCUGAAUGCUAAGAAUGGAUUGGUAGUGGGUGUCGAUAAACUUCCAGGAGAAGUAUUCUCUUCCCCUGUAGUAUGUGGAUCAAAGCUCGUUGUUGGCUGUAGAAAUGAUUAUGUUUAUUGUCUAGAUUUGUGUAUCGCUGAGAAAACAAGAACUACUAGGAUGUGUUAAUCUGCUUCAUCUCUAGUGUUUACACUUGGACGUUAAGAACAUCCUUGAAUUGUACUUUAAAGAAUCCAGGCCUAGAGGUGCUGCUCUUAGCCCAUUCUACUUUUGCAAAAUUUAUCAUGUUUUGCAAACUUUUGUUAGUUAACAAUUUUGCACCAACAGGCAUGUCUACACUGCAAUAAAAGACGUGUGGCAGUGAGUCUCAGAGCCUGGAUCAACUGAUUUGGACUUGUGCUGUGGGGCUAAGAAGAGUGCUUUUUAGUCCCGUAGCAGGAGCUUGAGUCAGCUGACCCUGGGCUCUGAGACUCGCUGCUGCAGGUUUGUUGUUGCAGAGUCAAUGUACCCGUUGUCUUGUCAGGACUAGGAAAAAUGUGUGGUUUUCUUUUAAAAUGUUGCCUAUGUGCUGUUUAAAACAUGAUAGUGCUUAAUGGCAACAGUAUGUAAUACUUCUUAAAAAUGUUACGUGGUCAUGGUCCCCCUAGUCAUGACCUCCGAACACAUUUUUAAGGUGUUAGUGUCUACACUAGGUAGACAUUGGUGCUAGCUAACAUUUUUCAGAGUCAAGCUAUUUUCCUAAUCAAGAGAGGGCAAUUGACUUAAUGAUUGCUUAGCAUCACGUGUCUGAUUUAAGCUGAAUUUUGAUUUAAAAAAAAUAAAUAAAUGUGUUCACUCUGA